AUAGUGAGUCUUUUAGUUGUUGUUGUUGUUGUUGUUCUCGUUGUUGUUAUCUUAUCACUCAAACCUAUUGACAUACCAACAGACUAUCAGCCGUCGACAACACUGACUUCAGACAAAGAGAGUAUAUUCACAGGAGACAGUGUGACACUGAGCUGUACUGUAGAGUCUCCUGGAUGGAAGUUUUACUGGUACAGACACAGACCAGACUCUACACCAGUAACCACAACCUCUGGAUACUCCUACACACUCAGCAGGGUCAGUGUCUCUGAUGGAGGACAGUACUGGUGCAGAGCUGGGAGAGGAGACCCAGUCUACUACACCCUGUACAGUGACCCAGUCCAGAUAAACGUUACUGAUGGUGAUGUGAUCCUGGAGAGUCCUGUCCAUCCUGUGACUGAAGGAGACACUCUGACUCUGACCUGUACAUUUAGACAUCAGGGAACAAAUCCUAAACUCAAGACUGAUUUCUACAAAGAUGGAACACUCAUCAAGAAUGAGACCACAGGAGAGAUGACCAUCCCUACAGUAUCCAAGUCAGAUGAAGGAUUCUAUAAGUGUACAUCUGAUGAAGGAGAAUCACCAGAGAGCUGGGUGACAGUGAGAGUCCCUCCAGGUUCUGUUGUCUCCAUCUCUUCGACCAGGCUGCUGUGUGGUCUACUGGUGGUGUCUCCUUUUCUACUGGUGUCCAUCGUGCUGACGGUGAAAUGCUGCAGGGCUCGAGGUUUGUGUUCAACAGUCAAAUCUCCUCAAGACCAUAUACCAUGUGAUGAUGUCAUCGAACAGAACGAAUCAUCAGUGUGAUCAUUACAGUUUGUUACGUUUUUUGUUGUUUUUACCAUUGAUAUAUGAUUGUGUUUACUGAGUUUAAUAUAACUGAAUGGAAUUUCACAAAUGCUGAAUUUUAUGAGUUUGUAAGUUGACGAUUUCAGCUUUUGGUGGCUUGUAAUCUUCCCUUUGUUAUUGUUGAUUGAUGUGGAUUUUUUUAUAUUACACUUAUCUGUCUUUCUUUCAGUUUGCUAAUUAAACAAGAGUGUAGUGCAUUUUUUUUAAAUUAAAAGUCAAAUUUGUUGUAUUUUUUUCAAUAUGUUGUAUUUUAAAUACCAUCAUGCUUUUUACAUGCAGGAGGAUGCAGUAUAUUCAGUACGUGAAUCUUUUCUGUUUUUUAUUCUAAUUUUAAAUACUAAAGAUGUGUUUAUACUUGGUUGGUCAACCUACUAUAACAGUUAGGAUGGAACACGUAGCUAUAGUUUGUUAUUAAAAAUGUAUAUUUACAUAAUGCAUCUUUAACACUUAUUUUUAUAUUAAAGGUAGACUCAGCGAAAUUACGUUGCCAAAAGUAUCACUGCAGAUAUUGAGAUGAGCGAGAUGCAGGACUUCAGUCUCACACAGUAGCUGCACAUAUGCACGGGUUCACUUCACGGUGUUCACAGUCUGGUAGUCACCGGACCAAAACAGAGGAGAAGUUGAGCCUCAUGCUUCAACAUUCUUAGUUGUUGUGGAAAUUGAACCACUAUGCAGUUUACUUUCUACAUCUAUGUCAAAUCGCUGAAUCUACCUUUAAACUCCACAAACUUUUGACUUAUAUUCAUUUUCAAAUACUGUCUAAGUAUUUUGUAAAUAAAUUUUUACAAGUUUUACAGCAGAUAUGCAUUUCCAACAUGUAAGUAUUUUGUAAAAUGGUUUCAGUAGUUUUUAUAGUAGUGGCGGCAGGGUAGCCUAGUGGUUAGAGCGUUCAAUCCCCCGAGCUGACAAGGUACAAAUCUGUCGUUCUGCCCCUGAACAGGCAGUUAACCCACUGUUCCCAGGCCGUCAUUGAAAAUAAGAAUUUGUUCUUAACUAACUUGCCUGGUUAAAUAAAGGUAAAAUAAAAAAGUCAGAUGAGUGUUCCGCUAUGGAACUUAAAAUG